ACCACGCUUGCUACCGCUGUCACUGAGUCACUCUGUGGUGUGCCCCCUCCGCACCAUGACAGAAAAAAUCGUGCUCUUCCGAUUGCACCUGGAUGCUAUCAUGCUCUCUCCUCACUCACUCAUUCCCUGUCUCUCUUCUCCACAAUCCUCGAACACUCUCUAUCUACUCCACAAUCCUCGAAUCCUCACCGCUCAGUUCUUGGUUUCGGCGGUGCGAAGGCACCACAGUCCACAGUUGUGCUCCAAUAGUGGUUGCAGCACUGUCUUGUUUUGUGGACCGCUCAGAAGAGUUCUGUUGUGGUUGCUGCACGGAAGGAGUCUCACUGCACGCGGAAAACCACCACAGUCGGCCUACAACAAUGGGAAUGAGGGAUUUUAAAAGAGCAGUAAGUCGUGAAAUGAACGACUCUAUCAACAAUGUUGAUCCAGCCUUCAAACUUGUUCCCAAAAAUGCAACAGCAUUCCUCAUAUGGAGGGUUGAGAACCUAGCAAUCGUUCCAGUUCCUAAAGAUCAAUAUGGAACAUUUUUCGAAGGUGACUCGUACAUCAUCUAUGCUGCCUCAGCGCCGGGUCAAUUCGUUGGCCCAGGGAUCAAAAGUGUGGAUGUUGCUGGCCCCCUGGAGACGCACAUCCACUUCUGGCUGGGCGAGGCGACGAGCCAGGACGAGUCAGCUGUGGCCGCCUACAAGACAGUGGAGCUGGACGACUACCUUGCCGGGUCACCCGUCCAACACAGGGAGGUGCAAGGCAGCGAGUCGCCUCGCUUCAAGUCCUAUUUCGCCAAUGGAAUUAGACUGUUGAAAGGUGGCGUGAGCUCAGGCCUUUACCACGUCACGGCCACGUUCGAGCCGCGCCUGUUCCGCGUAAAAGGCCGCCGCACUCCGCUGGUGCGCCAAAUGCCCGCUAUUGAUUGGGCGCACUUCAACCACGGCGACGUCUUCAUCAUCGACACCAGUGACGUCAUCUUCGUCUGGAUCGGCAGCCACGCUAACAGCAUGGAGAAGCUGCUUGCCACUAAGGUGGCCGUGCAACUGCGCGACGAACACCACGCGGUGUCCAUAGUGUUUGUGGACGACGGCGCCGAGACGCAGUUGCCCGACUCGGAGCGCCUGCUGCUAGGCGUCUACCUGGACCUUAGUGCAGCGGCGCGCAGUCGCGUGGCCAGAGCGGUCGCAGCCGGCGACGACUGCGGCUCAGAGCGGUUUGCGCGCGCCGCGCUGCGACUGUAUCGUUGCAGCGACGAGGACGGCACCUACAAGGUGGUCGAGAUCAAGUCGGGCCCGCUCUACCACUCCGACUUGAACUCCAAUGACUCGUUCAUAAUCGACAAUGGCGCCCUAGGCAUCUGGGUGUGGGUGGGCAGGAAGGCGUCGCCCAAGGAGCGUGUAGAGGCGAUGCGGAAUGCAACCGGCUUUGUGAAGAAGAAGCAGUACCCCAACCACACCCCUGUCAGCCGCGUGGUCGAGCAUGCGGAGCCCACUGAGUUCAAAGCCCUCUUCCUCAACUGGCAAGACAAGGACACACCUGCCAAACCCCUCUUCAAUCGCACUAAUUCUGUGAACAACAACAAACCGAAGCCAGUUGCAACGAAACUAGACGCCGCCUCCCUGCAUGCCACGCCCAGUCUGGCAGCCGAGACGCAAUUGGUGGACGACGGCAGCGGUCAGCUGCAGGUGUGGCGUGUGCACCAAUCACAGCUUGUGGCCACGCCUCCUUCACAGCAUGGCGUCUUCUACGGCGGCGACUGCUAUCUCGUACACUACACCUACUCGGCGGUUAGCCGUCAGUCGCAUGUUCUCUACUAUUGGCUGGGUCUCCACUCUUCGGUGACAGAGCAGACGGCGCUGGCGCUCCACACAGUGGCCGAGGACGAGAAGCUAGCAGGCGUCGCAACGCAGGUGCGCGUCGUACAAGGCAAGGAGCCUCCACACUUCCUCGCCAUAUUCAAGGGACGCAUGAUCACUCUGCUUGGCGAUCACAGUGACACGUUCCCCGCCAAAUACCUACUGCAAGUGCAGGGAAACCGGAUGCACAAUGCAAGAGCCGUUCAGGUGCCUUUUAGGAUGUCAUCGUUGAACUCCAACGACGUAUUUGUGAUGGUGAAUGGUUCCAGCUGUUAUAUUUGGUGUGGUAAGGGCUCCACGGGCGAUGAGAGGGAAAUGGCCAAGAGUGUAGCUCUAAAAAUCAGUGGACCGGAGUUUGUCGUCGUGUAUGAAGGGCAGGAAAAAGAAGACUUCUGGAGUACAAUAGGCAACAAAGAGCCAUAUGCAAACGACAAAAGACUGGCAGAGCCAAGCAAUCCUGUUCCAGCGCGCCUAUUUCACUGUUCCAAUGCUAGUGGAUCAUUCAAAGUGGAAGAAGUUUUGAAUUUCCAUCAAAUCGAUCUAGUGCCUGAAGAUGUGAUGUUGCUUGAUGCAUGGAAUUCUAUAUUCAUUUGGGUCGGUUACAAAUCUAACAAAGAGGAAAGGACCGGCGCUAUUCAAUUAGCCUUCGACUAUCUACGAACAGACCCGAACGGUAGAGACGAAAAAACACCAAUUAUUCAAUUAAAACAAGGACAUGAACCACCAAAUUUCACAGGAUUUUUUGGAUCCUGGGAUUCUGAGCUAUGGAAAAGCGACAAAACGUUUGAAGAAGUGCGACAGGAAUUGGAGGGCCAAAAGCCGGUGCUGCAGGUGGAGUUGAAGAUGACUAAUGGCGUACACGAUUUCGACGAAUGUAAAAAGUACCCGAUUCAAGAUCUGCUACCGAAGGAUCCAGAGAAACUGCCUGAUGGUGUCGACCCGCUCCACAAAGAGCUACACCUUUCUCAUCCAGACUUUGUAACGGCGUUUGGCAUGAAGUAUGAAGACUUCGCUCAGCUUCCAAAAUGGAGACAAGAAAAUCUAAAGAAAGCCGCCGGACUUUUCUAGUGUUUUCAUAAUUUAAAAAAACCGUUUAAACACCUACCACGAAAACUAACAUUAGUAUAAAUCUAAACUGUACAUCUGUAAGUAAAUCUUGUAUAUAGUGUAAAAACUAUAGGGUAAUUAUUAAAUUAGAAUAAUUUUUAUUUUAUAUAUAUAAUAUUGACGUUAUCUGAUUGUAUCUGAAAGUGAUAUAUUUUAUCAGUAAGAGAAGUUAUCAAUAAAAUAACUAAAAUGU